AUUUAUUGAGGAGGUGGGGAUGGUGGUUGCGUGUUCGGUUUACAAAAUAUGGAUUGGCACUACAAACAACACUGCACAUAGAUUUAUCCUACAAUCCUUUCUUGGUUUUUCUUUUUUCGGCCAAUUUCAUUAUUUCGUACCUUUACUACGGCCAUGACGAACAACGACGAUGAUGUACUAAAAAUGGCGGCAAUCUUUCGCAACCCAGGAUGGAGCGAGCAGGACGUCUUGGAGUGUUACAAACUCUUCUUUGAAAAGGCUCUCGCAUUGCCCGACAUUCACAAUUUUAAGGUGUUCAACUCAAUAUGGUCUCCACUGGCGCAAGAUCUGUCGGAAGUAUUGGGCAGGUCUGUAGAUAACCGGGCUGUUAGAGAACAAGUUCAGAGGCUAAGGAACCACUACAACCUUUUCACGAAGUUUCUCCAGAGAACACGCUCAAAAGUCGAUUCGAAAACUGGCGAGGUUAGGGUGAACAACUUCUAUCGGUUCUACGCGUGGCCCGAGGAAAACACUAUUGAACGAUUUCUCCGAACAACUGCUUCAAGUGGCACAGCGAAUGCAUGCUGGUAUUUGAAAUGAGGGAAGCCGCUAAAAUUUUGUUUCAACGAUGCUCUUCAGUCGACUUUUGAUGUCCCCAGCGAUUCUGAAUCUUCAUCUGCUGUAUGAAAUGACUUUUGUUCUAUGGUGUAUCAGAUGUAUGUCACUUUUGUGGAGAUCUUGUUGUGGGGUUCUUCUGAUUAUGUCGUAUGUAAAUUUUUUUGUUGUUAAUGUGCUGUGAUGUUUUGGCAGACGGUAAGAUCAUGUUAGUUCAAGUGAUAAUUGUUUUGGGAUGUUUGGUACUUGGUUAUUACGGCUUGUUUUGGGAUGUUUGGUAAUUAGUUAAACUUUAUUAAUUGUAACGUCCCUAAUGUACUAAUAUCUAAUGUUUAAUGCAAAUGAUAAUUAUUGGGUGUUAU